AUGAAAAGUAGCCUAGCGACUGCCUUCCAGUCCGAGAGGCUCGUCUACACGGCAAUCCCGGAUACGGACGAGAUCAAGACCUGGUUCCACGAAGGUUUCGAGAACGACCCCGUCGGCCGCGCCUACGCCGACUCAAGCCUCCUCCGGCCACAGACAAAAGCGCGCAGUGAUGAAAUACUUGCCGACAUCCGCAAGGACCUCCUAGGCGUGCUGAUUUGUCUACCUCCAGCGACGACGGAGAAUCCCACAGACCCGGACGAGGCUCCGUCGGCCGGCGGCGCCCCGGCGGCGCCCAAGCCCACGCCGAUCGGCGUGCUGCACCUCGACGACGAGAGCGGCUCCAUGUACCGCCACCACCACCGGCUCUGCGUCAUGAGCGUCUCAAUCGACUCUGAGUACCGUGACAAGGGCUACGGCUCCGAGGCUAUCAACUGGGCGCUGGACUGGGCUUUCACGAGGGCCAACCUGCACGCUGUCAGCCUGGGGUGCCUCGAGUUCAACGAGCGGGGGAAGCACUUAUAUGAGAAGCUGGGCUUUGUCCCUGAGGGAAGGUUCAGGAAAUGUCACUGGCAUGAGAGGAAGUGGUGGGAUGUGUUGCUGUACUCCAUGCUGGAGGAAGAGUGGCUGGAGCUCAGGAACAAGGAUAAAUCGUGA